GUUGGUGGCGCGCCGGCUAACAAAAAUGGCUUUUUGUCGUUUUCCCGUCUUCUGAAGACAUAUCGCAUUUCUUUAUUCAGUCAUCGUUCUUUCCUAGAAACCAGCCAACCUUAUCCCUCUGUCUGAUUUUUUCGAUAUACAGCCACCAUGAGUGGCAAAGGGGUAGCAAUUGCAUCGACCCAUCAUCACUCGCGGUGUCAUCAAGCUCAGUUUCAAAGUUCCCCGAAAACCCAUCUCUUUUUUGGCCACUCCAGCUCCAAUUCGUCUCCCCCAAUCCGUAAAGCUAAGAUCUUUAGUAAACGCCAUAGCUCUCUCAGACUCUGUAUGCCAAGAAGCUCUCAAGAUGCUCUGGUUUUGGGGAGGAAUGGGAACCUUACCGACAAUCCAAUUACCAAAUUCAUUCCUCGUCCAUCAAUUUCGGCGUCUGCUUCUUCGUCUUCCCUCAGUGGCUCUGCCGGCGCUUUCCCGGAGCAGCUGUCGGACACAGAGGAAAAGAAGAAGAUAGUGAAGAAGAAGAGGAAGAAGGAAAUAGCUGGCAUUGAUCAAGAUGAACUGGUGGAUCCUGAACUUUUAGCAGACCCAGACAGUUGUUUCUGCGAGUUUAGGGGUGUGAAGAUACAUCACAAGAUAUACGAAUCGCAAUCGCCAGAGGCAAAUGGCCCUUCGCCUCAAAUUGCUUCUUCUGAUCCUAACAAGAAGCUGGGGUUUCCUAUCGUCUUACUGCAUGGCUUUGGAGCUUCUUUGUUCUCAUGGAGCAGAGCGAUGAAGAGGUUGGGAGAAGCCACAUCUGCUCCUAAAGUUGUUGCCUUUGAUAGACCAGCCUUCGGAUUGACCUCCAGAGUGGAUCCUUCUUCUUCUUCUUCCCUUAAGGCUGAGGAUCCCAAGCCAUUGAAUCCAUACUCCAUGGCGUUUGCUGUGCUUGCUACCUUGUACUUCAUUGAUUUCCUGAAGGCUGACAAAGCAGUUCUAGUGGGGCAUUCUGCUGGUUCUCUUGUAGCAGUGAAUACCUACUUUGAGGCUCCCGAUCGCGUAGCUGCUCUGAUACUUGUUGCCCCUGCAAUAUUUGCGCCCAAUCCAAGUCCAAAAGGUUCAAAAGGAAGUGAAUCGGGAAGAGGUAACCUUGCGGAGGGGGCUGAAGAGGAUAAAUCGGAUUCUAAAGGUGUGCUCGGAAAUCCAUUCAUUGCACUGUUAAAGAAGUUGUCUCGACUUGCUGCGUCUAUAGCUCGGGCCACACUGAAACUGUUGAAUGGGAUGAUGAACAUGCUUGACUCCCUAUACAAGAAAGCAUUGUCUGCCAUUCUGUGGUCUGCCUUGGGCUUAAUGCUGAUCAGGAUGGCGAUUGACAAAUUUGGUGUACUUGCUGUGAAGAAUGCAUGGUAUGAUGCUCAGCAAGCUAAUGAAGAAAUUCUUAGUGGUUAUACCAGGGUGAGUCGACUGUUUCUCUCAUCCCUCCUUAACUUGCUGGCACAGAAUUAGAAACUAUGGUGCAGCUAAGUGAAAAGUGAUCUCUAUUUCUCGCAUGACCGGAAUGAAGCCGUUAAGAGUCAAGGGUUGGGACAAAGCUCUUGCAGAAUUCACCGCAGCAACUCUUGCAGCUGUUGACUCCGAAGCCAGGGCACCUGUAUCAAAAAGGCUUCAUGAAAUUACUUGUCCUGUUCUUGUAGUGACCGGGGAUACUGAUCGAAUCGUUCCUGCAUGGAAUGCUAAGAGACUUUCACAAGCCAUUCCUGGAUCUAGCCUUGAAGUAAUUAAGUAUUGUGGCCAUCUGCCACAAGAAGAAAAAAUGGAAGAGUUUGUGACUGUCGUCCAGAAGUUUCUCCAAAGGGCUUUUGGUGAUAUGAAGGAGCCAUCUCUGCAGCCUUCUCACUAGAAUUCAUGCUCUCUCUUCCAGACAUGAUUUUGUUGUCUGUAAUAAGUAAUAACACUAUGCUGCCAUUGAUUUUAGUUUGACAAGGAAAAUGUAACUCACACACAACAAUGUGAGGGACCAAGAAAAAAAGAUGAACCCAUCUUGUAUACUUCAUUACAUGAUAAAAUGAGCAUUCAGCUAUGCAUUAUAGUUAUCAGAAUUUAGGAUCCGUAAAAAAUUGUAAGACUAGGAUCUUUGUAAGCUUGUUGGGAUGCUAAAUCUAGAAAUGAUAUCAUCUCCGAAGAUCACAGCACCAGCAGCAAGAGCUCAUCCAACUCCAGCGGCCAGCGGUCUUGCUGCCCCUUUAGUUACUGCUGCAGAUGCCGGACCGUUUAUGUACUCUGAAGAAAGGUGGGUAUAUAAUUCCUCCCUCACCACCUGAAGCCAGGUGUGAACCCUGAACAAGGUUCUUCUCUUUCGUCUGUGAUCUGGAUCGAAAUAUCAACAAACUCUGGGGUUUGUUAGAGUUUCGUUUGCACAGCUGGUUGCUCCCGACUUCUUC